AUGCCCGUUACUCUAUCGUAUUUCGUGAUUGCAUCGUUUAAUCGCCGCGCUGGUCAGCUGGGUCUUCAGCUUACAUUUUCUUCUGAUCACGUAGGAGGCAAUAAAAGAAGAACUCAUCGCUUCUUGAACCAUGGACCAGCUCAACAGGUAAACACUCCCCUCCCCCUCCCCCUCCCCCAAGCCCCAUACACCCUGGAACUCUUUUCCGAAGAGCAACACCCAGAUGCAGAGGAGAAUUUUGACAUCCCGUCCAGCAAGCAAGAAAUCAACGACGCCAUCGCAAAUCAUGCGUCCUUCAUCCUGAUGUUCACGGCCGUGUGGAGUGACGUCGGCAAUGUAACCAAGGAAAAGUUUGAGAGCAUUGGUGCCAAAUACCCUACCGUGUACAUGGCCUGGGUUAGCACCGAUGACCAUCCCGAGCUGGCUGAGGAAUGGGGGUACACUGCUAUUCCGGCUACCGUUGGUUAUAAGAAUGGCACCAAGGUGGAAUAUUACAUCGGUCCUCAAUUAGUGGACCAGCAGGUCGAGGCGUUUAUCAAGAAGGUGGUCUAA